AGGCGAUUCACCACGUCCUUCAAGCUUCACUGUCCAUUCAGACUCCUGUCCAACAGGGCUACCUGUACCUGGAUGUAAAUUACUGAUCUUCCCUCACACUACAAAAUGUGUUGUAACUGACGUCUGUGACGCAGGAACCUCUACAGGUAGAUCGUUUCCUGACUUAUUUCACAGAAGCUGGAUAACGAGACAGCUGACCCCUGGCGAAAGCGUCGAAUGAUAUACAUAUAUAUAUAUAUAUAUAUAUUCCCUUGGGAGUUACUGCAACUUUUACAGUGAAGGCACUUUUGAGUUCGGAGUUUCUAAUCAAGAAAAGUUUGUUUCUGGAGAAGUUGUUCCGCCUGUACCUCAUUAAUGGAUCGCACAAAAGUACUAUGGUUUUCGGUUCAUAUUUGUGUCCUCCUAGUCGCUGGACUGGACCCUGCGUUUGGAGGAAUAAGAAGUUUUAGUGGAAAAGUAGAUGAGUCUUUCAGUAUCCCUGGGAAAACUGGCUACAAAGUAGAGGAGUUUAUCGAAAAUGUCCUUACUGGUGGAUUGACUACUAUUUUUCUGCCUGUAGUAUACACUGUAGUGUUUGUCAUUGGUUUACCUGCUAAUGCCAUGGCAUUGUGGGUCUUUUGUUUCAGAAUGAAGACAAAGCAUCCUGCACUCAUUUACAUGGCAUGUUUGGCACUUGCUGACCUCUUGUUUGCUGUUUGGCUACCUUUAAAAAUUGCUUAUCAUAUAAAUGGCAACAACUGGAUUUAUGGAGAGAAUCUGUGCAAGGUACUUGUGGGAUUCUUCUUUGGAAAUAUGUAUUGCUCCAUACUGUUCAUAACCUGCCUGAGUGUACAAAGAUACUGGGUUGUUGUUAAUCCCAUGUCUCAAACAAAGAAAAACAAUAGCAUUGCACUGGGAGUUUCAGCUGCAGUAUGGUUGGUAAUUGCACUAAGUACAAUACCAUUAUACCUCUUUGAUCAAACUGUCUAUGUUACAAAUCUCAACAUAACAACCUGCCAUGAUGUUUUGCCUGAUGCUAUUUUGGCCAACAACAUGUUUGGCUAUUUUGUUUCACUUGCCAUUGGAGUUUUCUUCUUUCCAUGUGUCUUGACUAUUUUUGUUUAUAAAGCCAUCAUCAACACAUUGACUGCUUCUUUAACAGAAGACAAUAUCAGUGAGAAGCGAAAAAGGGCCAUUCAUCUCAUUAUUGUAGUACUUGUAAUGUAUGUGAUCUGCUUCACUCCAAGCAACGUUAUUUUGGUAGUCCAUUAUGCAUUGAUCCGCUCUGGAAGCACUAGCGAUGUAUAUGCACUUUACAUCACAGUACUAUGUCUGUCCAGCCUGAGCAGUUGCAUCGAUCCAUUUAUAUAUUAUUUUGUUUCUGAAGAGUUUAGAGAUCAUGUGAAAAACACUUUUCUUUGUCGCAGUGUCCGGACAGUGGAAAGCAUGCAGGCUUCAUAUAAAUCAUUUAAAUACUCCAGAAAAUCUAGUUCAACUAAAACUAGUUCACAGCAGACAUCUCAAACUACUUGCUAAAUGGUGCAUGAUAUUGAUGACACAAGUUUUAAUGCAGUAUCUGCUGAGAAGCUGAAAAUAACAAUGUAAUUGGUUUCCUUUUCAGGUGGAUUAUAACAUUGACUACCAAAGCAUUGUGUUUCUUUUAUGUUUAUAAUGCACCAUGAAAGGAUGCAUGAAAAGCUGUGAAUCAAAAUGCUUCAGCUGGAAGAUAAAAAGUGUUGACAGUUUCUGAAAUAGAGUGUGCUUUAUUACUGAGGAAACUGCAGAGAAGCAGUGUGCUGUUACAGUUCUACAGAAACUGAUGAGCAUUCAUAUUAUAAUGUGCCAUUGGUAAUGUUUUUAGAAGAGUCAAUAGUAUGUUUCCCCAGUUACCUCAUAAAGAUGGAUUCAUAUAAUGUUAUCCAUUGGAUUUCUGUGGCUAUGUAUGCUUUCAAAUUUAAACUUUUUUUAAGCCAGUUUUAUGUCUACAUCCUUCAGCGCACUGAGCAGUCUGUACAGUCUCAAGUAUGAAGAUAAUUUUGUGUUUGUGUAGUGAAUUGUCUGAAAAUAUGUAAGAGAAUGCAGUUAUGAAAACAUUUUUUAAACCAGGUAUGCAUUUUGGUAAAACUAACUGUUACAUUCACUGGUUAGUAAUAACCAGUUAAAUUACUAUAUUAUGCUCACGGUGAUGCUCUUCACUAACUCGAGUUUUGUGUUCUUUCCCAUCCUGUUCCCUUUGAGACCAAGGGAGAAUUGUAUAGCUAAAUGGCUUGCAUCCCAAUAUGUAGCAGGAGAUUGGGGAUCAAAGCCACAUUUACAGGACAGCUGUAAUUCAGAAGGGGCACCACCAGUGAUGUCAUAACACAGACUGUUACUAUUGAUGGUGGCCAUUUAUUUGUCAGAGAGAGGCCCACCACAGUGAUUCUACAUGCUACAUGCUAAUGGCGCUUUUUGGUGGAGUGGCAUAUGAUAAUCAGCCAUGUUAUCUCCCAGGACAUUCCUGCAGUAACACCUUUACAAAAAUUAGCAUGUCUGGCCAUGUUAAUGAAUAUAGGUGAGACCAUGUAAAGUGUCAGUGGGCAGGGAGAGGUGAGAGUAGUGUGUGUGUGUGUGUGUGUGUGUGUGUGUGUGUGUGUGUGUGUGUUUUACACAAACUGGCAUGGCUGGUGUGUUAAUGAACAUGGAUGAAAACUACGAGUGAGAUCACAUAAAAUGUAUGAUCACGUAAGCAUCUGAGGUGAGGUAGUGGUGUGAGGGUAUGUGAAUGUAUACAUGUGUGUAGACGCUUGCAUGCAUAUCUGCAGAGGUAUGAGUGGUCUCCCGUGAUUGCAAGUGUGUGUGUGAGUAUGACUGGUCAUAGUGGCGGGUGGUUAGGAGAUAGUUAGACUAGGGGUGAGUGUGUACAUAUGUCUGUCUAAAAAUGGUUCAGUGCAUCUAUGCGUGCAAGCAUAUGAGGGAGGACUGAUAUGUGGUGAGUUUCUCUCUGUGUGUAGCACAGAUACACUCUUUAGUAUUACCCUAACCCCUUAUAAAUAUAAUAGAACACAGGUUUUGCAGCACAGUUAUUUAUACGAUGUAUGGAAUUCUAAUUUCAGGCAUUACUGACAGACUGUAAUGGCCCAUGACUUACGAGUGUCAUGCUCAAGACUUGUGGACAAAGCUGGGACAUAUGUUAAAUGGCAGCAGGAAAUCUUUUAAAUCAUACUAUCAUACUGCAAUUCACUUACAAAGUUACAAGAGCAGCAGGUCUUGUAUCAUGAUACAUCUUCUGAGGAAUAAGUAGACUGAAUCUCUAAUGUCUGGUAUUAUUGACUUACUGUAAUCCUCUACAAUUUACCAGGGACAUGGAAAAAUGGGAGCAAUGCUCUGUAAACCCAGAGCAGAUGAGAGGUAUGAGGGUAUGUGUGUAAGUGUGUGAGUGAGAAUGUGUGCAUGUGUGUAGGAGAAUGACUGAGAUGGUUGCCUGUUCCAAUGCGAUGUAGAGUCCUCCAGUGAUAAUUACCACAGAAGAGUGCUGAUUAACACUAACACCAUGCGAUUCAGCAAUAUGCAGAUCAGCUGUUGAUUAGUUCAUUUCUCAUUGCAGCUAAAUAUGUCUCUGAAUCACAUUUACCAAUUGCAGAAAGAGCAUCUUUUGGCCACCUGAGUUGGGGUUCUUUCUGAAUCCCAGACAGUUUGUCUUUUUUACAGCUUAUUUCUGCUCCAGACAGGUGUUGUUUUAAUUCUUCGUUCUCUAGAUUUAAAUGUCUUGGUGUUAUGUAGUCAGCAAUAAGUUAAUUCUGGACAUAAUUUUAAAAGUUUCUUAGUGGGACCCCUGGACAUCUGCAUCAAAUCCAUUGAUCUUAUUGUUACCUUUAAAACUCGACAAAAUUGAACCGGUUUCAAAGGAAAAAUUGGACAAUGAUAUAGUUUGUUAAAAUGCCUGUAUUUUUUAAAUUGUAUUGAAAUGUAGAUAGUAACAACUGUUUUUUUUUAAUUUUUUGAGUAAACGUUAUUUAUAUUGCAUAAUAUGUUUCUUUAUUAAUGUGCAUUUUGAAAGUGUCUUGACUCAGAACCUGAAACUUCCUUGAGUAUUUCAGAUAAACAAUAUUUCCAAGAAUAGCUUCUACCAGGCAAAUGAAGUACUGCUGUGUCUUACCUUGUUAAUCGGCCUUUGCGUACAACCAACAUUUCAUUUCAACCUUUGUAUCUACAACAAUCCUACAAGUAAAAGUGUCCUUUAGGUCUGUAUUCCCAUAUUCUUCCCUUGUACUUGAACAUGAAUUUGUAGAUGAUA